CAAGUCCCUCCCCCUUCCCAUUUGGGUUAGAGUAGGGAGGGGGAGGUUCACUCGCCUCAGCAUCCACUGCUGAUGUCACAUUCAAGUCAUGUCGACCCUUCCUCAGCACAAUCAGCGCCACCACCUCCAUUGCUUUUGGCACCAUACAUAAUUGUUGAUGGAGGUAUUUGGCACAGCAGAGCUCGGGCUUUUGGGAGGUGGCGAAGGGCUGCGAGAUGAUUUAGACAUGUCAGCGAUUAGCUGGUCAGCGGAUCAUCUCCAAGAUGAUAUGUACCCAGCGUCGGGAUUGGCCGUGGCCGCCGCAUAUCAUGACAUUAAGAUCCGUCUUGCCAGUUUGGAGAGGGAGAACAGCAGCAUCAAGAGAAAACUCAAACACUACGAAGUCAAGUUUCCGAUGAUCAAUACAUUUGGAGAGGAGAGAGUGUACUUUUCCUGUCAACCCAUCAUUAAGGAUAACAACAUUGUCCAAUCGGAGACAUCCAACCUGCAGCACAGGAUCAAUUCUCUCACCCAAGAGCUCCAGAAGAGCAAAGACAGGGAGGAGGAGUUGGAGGAUGUCAUUCAAGCCUACGAGAAGAUUCACCUCGAGAAAAGCAAUGUUCAGAGAGAUCUUGACAAGAUGACCACUCUCGCUGAGCAGCAUAUGGAGCGAAUCUGCAGUCUGGAGGCCGCGCUGAGACAACGAGAGACUUCCCUGCAAAAACUCAAUGCUCAACUCCAUAGCAAAGAUGCACAUCAAGGCCAACCGCCCGCAGGCCUGGUCGUACCUCGAGAGGGCCGCUCGCCAACGCUGCAGAGCUCCCGCAGUCUGGAUGCGCUCUCGGACCUCAAGCUGCAGCGUCUGGAGGCCGAGUUGGAGGGAGCGCUGCAUCAGGCUGAGGGGGCGUGUCACAGAGAGAAGGAGUUGAGAACUGAACUUCAGAGACUGCAGAAGGAAGUAGUCCAACUACAAGAAUCACACAGACACAAAGAGGAGUUGGCUCCACACUGUGAGCACUGCGAUGUAGAAUGGAUCAAGAAAGCUGGGGAUGAACAAGUUAACCUUGCAUUGGCCUACACUGAGCUGACAGAGGAGUUGAGUCAAGUCCGAAAAUUGACAGCGAAACAAAGCGACCUUCUGCGUCAGAUCCCACAGGAACCUACUGGUCGUCCCCCCUCUGCUCCCCAGCGUCUCUCUCCCACAUCCCCCCAGUGUACUUCCCUCACCCCUGAGAGACUGUUGCCCUCUUCCCCACCCACCCUGCACAAUGGCCCCGCCUCCUACUCCCUUCAGCCAACGAGCAGCAAUCUUCGAGCAAAGUUUCAGGGACGCCGUAGUUACUCAGAGGUGUCUGACCCGUCAGCGAUACAGAGGCUCCCACCUCGGCUCAUGAGAGAUCCAGUAUCCACCCUCCCCAAGCCCAGGUCCCUGUAUGGGGAAACACAUACUUAUGGACAAUCCAAAUCCCAUCUUCAAACUCCUCUGGUGGGCCUGGUCAGACCCGCAUCGGCUCAUGGAGCUGGCGGGGACCGAAGAGUCAGAUCAGAGAGAAAUGGGGGGAGCAGUCUGAGCGGCAGUCCUCAUCAUUGUGCACUGGAUCUGGGCUUCCCUUUGCCUACUGAGGUACAUCAUUUCUGUCACCUGGAUGAUCGACUGGAGCCCACCCCGCUGGUGACACCCCCGCACUCCUCAGAUGACGAAGAGGAUGUAGGCACCUACGUUUCAGCAGCCACCAGUCCUCCUCCAACACUUGGACCCUUAUCACUUAGGGAAAAAACACUUCACCACCCCUUGUUCUUGUCUCAGAGGAAAGCUGGCCAAAUUCCAUCAUUCUCAGCCCCCGAGGGCCCCACCACACUCUCCCGCCAUCUGCCUGCCUACAUGAACACUGAGCAUGCUCAGUCAUGGCCCUCUAUCAAUUUAUGGAUGGAGUCUGACGAGAGUGCUGUGCGAAGCUGCCCUCUGUGUCAACUGACCUUCCCAACCGGUUACCCGGACGAUGCCCUCAUCAGACACAUCGACUCGCACUUGGAGAACAGCAAGAUCUGACUCUCCCAAUGAACACCCUUUUCAAUUCGACUUUUUGUGUCUGAUAAGUUUUCAGACUGACAGCAAUAGUUCAUAGUCUUUAUUGAGUUUACAUACUUUGAACAGGGCUUAUAUCUUAUUAUCCAGACUGUAAAAAAAAAAAAAAAAUCAAACCAGCACCCUUUUUACAGCAAACUCUCCACAGGUUGUUAUUUUCUGGUUGUCAAUCUUUUUUUUCCAUCUUCUCUUGUCUGUUUUAUUUUUAUUUUUUUUGUACGCCAAGGUCAUGCAUAUACAUCAGCGGUGCCCGAUUCCAGUCCUCCAGAGCCCCUAUCCGGCCUGUUUUAGGUGUCACCUUCCUCCAACACACCUUAUUCUCACUAUCAGCUCAUCAGCAAGCUUUGCAGAAGCCUGACAGUGAUCCUGAUCUUUUGACCAAGGCAUGUUGGUAAAGGAAGACAUCUGAAAUAGGCCGGAUCAGGGCUUUCGAAGACCGGACGUGGACACCCCUGAUUUCCAUUAUGUCACCAAAACCGCAUUAUAAUCCACCCAUAAAGAUUUAUUUUACGGUGUGGAAAAAUUUAUCUUCCUUGAUACAUGAAGAGAUGUCGAAAAGACGCAAUUGCUUCAGGAUUUUGAAAUGAAGCUCCACUAGUAGUGUUGCAAGAGUAUGAAGAAAACAUUUUUGUCUCUCUAAUCAGAUUGUAUGGGUUAAGAAAAGUGUGAAAUAAUGAAGCAUUGUAAAUAUAACCAAUGAACAGGUCUGGGCAAUAUUAACUUGUACAUGGGACCAGUAUCCAUAUGGCACCAAUGCAAACUAGCUAACUAUGUGCAAUGCUUCAUCAGCAAUAUUUGUUUGAAAGCAGUGGGGUGUGGGGGGGGGGGGAACAAACAAAAACUAUAGCAAAAAAAAUACUUGUAACUUCCACUUCCUUGUGUUGUUAAUGAAAGUGCCUUGGUUUAAACUAAAUUCAUGUUUAGUUGGGAGAAGUAGUUGAUAUCACAGUGGUAUUUGUGCCCAUACUGUAUAUCCACCUCUGACCAAAUGGGUGGCAAAUCCGGGUCCAGAAAUUAAAAACCUUACCACAUUGUGGCUUUAGCCACACUUGCUUCAACUCAAAUGGCAGGUAUACAAGCUCCUGUCAGGUGAGUAGAAGCACCUGUUAGCUAAACCCGGACUGUGGCAGGGUUUUUCAUUUCUAGACCUGGAAUUGCCACCUCUGCAUGAACAGAUAUUACAUCCAAACCAAUUGUAUAAUUACAAAAGGAGUUGAAUUUGAACAUGACUAACUUGUCUUUGUGCUGUGUUCAGUAAAAUAUUGAGAAGAUAUAAAUCAUUCCCUUCAUGUUUUUAAGAUUACGAUUUACUAAAUUGUAGACAAACUCCGUCAGUGCUAGAGUAGAGGAAACCUAAUUGAUUUUUUUUGUGCCAAAUUGACGGAUGCAACAACAAUUAUUUAAAAAUUACAUGUAGAAAAAUUUAGUAUGUACUUUCUCACAACAAUGGAGACAUCUGUGCUGAAACAAUUAAAGCUUUUUGUUUGAUUUA